UAUCCGGCCGGCGUUCCAUAGCAGAUCGCCCUCCAGAGACGGUCAGUCGGCAAGUAAGGGGGUAAAGAUAGUUGAGGUAUGGAGAUCAGCAUGUUCGUACGUAGAGAGGAUGACUGCCGACGAGGCGCACGCGCACUGUCUGACCAGAAAGCAUGUGGUGCUCAGCAAAGGUGGGCUCUUUCUCCGGGGGGUAGAAGCCCUCGGGGUCCUUGAAGAAGUCCCCGGCAUCGAGAUUGUCAAAAUCAGCCAUUGCGAGUGUGAUGGGGGGCUACUGAUUGGCAAUUGUUCGCAUGAGCAGAAUAUCAUGUGCGAUUGAUUCCAUCGCAAAUCCCAAUGGUGGGGUAAUUCCAAAGCGGUUUAGCGCGGAGAUUGCAGACGGAAAGUCACGUGUGUCUCACGUGAGAGAAAUGCCGAGGAUUUCCCGAUUGACAGUACGAUACGGUAACACCGCGACAGUACCUGCGUCCACCGCGGAAACCCCGCGUGGGGACGGGCGGAGAUACGGGGCAGAUACAGGCCGGGUAAUCGUCGGAGAUUCCACUUUUUUCUCCCUCUUGGUUUUUUCUCGAAGCGCAAAUCCAAAGCUCGAUGGUCGAUCAUCUUGCCGCAGGCUGAACAUCCCCUACAAGUUGUCUGCAAAUACGGGGACGGCUAAGCAGGCACAUCACUUUCCUCCUUGCAUUGCCGUGUCACUGGUCGGACUGCAGACCACCCCUGGGGUUCUUCACACACAAAAACAGCGUCUACCCCUCCGUCCCCAGACUGUACGUAAAAGCGUCAUCACCCGUCCAAAAAAGUUUCCCUGUGCCGAACGUCACUCGGUUGAAAAGACCCACGUGCUUUUGGCUUUCGUUUUCUCCUCAAUCGUUUCUUCCGCUUCACUUCUCCUUCAUCACGCCAUUCUCUUCGUCUCACUUGGGGAAUCGGCUAUCUACCAUCGACUCCACCAGUUCAGAGGAUCAGACCAUACCCGGCACCAAGUCCAACCCGUUCUUCCGAUCCCUUAUCCAUCAGCCCGCCACCAGAUCAGACUUGCAGUGAACAACUGAAUAGAACCUCUCAUUCUAUCCAUCUACUCUUCAACCAUCACCAUGGACCAAAAUGCGUACCUGCGUUCGCUAAACCAUGAUACCCAAAGCGCUGGUACCCAACCUGCCCUCGCACCAUCCACUACCACCUUCGUGAACACCAACCAACAACAGCCCACACAAGGCAACCUGGGUCUGGCACCCAGCAACCAGCCAUACACCCUCCUCCCAUCACCAUCUUCCUCCUCCUCAACCAACGCUCCUCCUUCAUGUGAUACCGUCCAGCCAGCCAACGACGGACAGCACACGAUGAACGUGAAUGACGCCAUGCAAAGCCAAAUGCAAAUGCCAUCCACCGCAGCCCCGAACGAUACCUACCCGCACCAGAUAACCGGGCUGGGAGGCCCAACAGCGACGGCCCCGUUUCUGCA